AUGUUCCGGCAUCCUCACAGAACUCCACAUGCAAGAGCCGAUGUCCACCCUCACAGGAGAGCUUCAUAUCAACACUCCGGCUACGACAUUCGUUGGGCAGAAACAUUGUUGUGGCUCAAGAAGAUUAUUCUGAGACGCCGCACUGAUGUCGCAGAAAGCCGGGGUUUGAUCCAGGACGAGACUCGUGCGAAUUUGGACCCUCAAUUGAUAAGGCUAUGA